AUGAUUCGUGGAAAUGAAUCCAAUCAUAUCUUAAAAUGUCGUGAAUUAUUCCAACAGUUUAUUGUGGACAUGUACGCGGAAGUCGAAAGUGAACGUCUUCUUUUCAUUCGCUUAAAUCAAAAGAAGCUGCGCGUUGAAGAAUACGAUCAUUUACGUGAUGCAGUUGCUAAUGUUGGAAACAUUUCUGACAUUGGACAAAUGGUAAUUUUACCUGUAACAUAUACAGGAAGCCCGCGGCACAUGCACGAAUACGGGCAAGAUGCUAUGACGUACGUUCGAAAGUAUGGACGACCAGACCUAUUAAUCACCUUCACUUGCAAUCCAUCGUGGAGUGAAAUAACCGAAUUGCUUUUUGCAGCGUUAUAUCAGCUUCCAAAUCAAGCCGAAGAUCCCAUUCUUUUUGAAAUAAUCAAGAAAAAUAUGAAUCAUGGGCCAUGCGGUACUUUUAAUCCUAAUUCACCAUGUAUGCAAAACGGCAAAUGCACAAAGCGAUAUCCACGUGAGUUCUUUACUGAAACUCAAACUGGAGGUGAUGGAUAUCCUCUGUAUAGGCGAAGAAAUCCCACUAAUGGUGGAUACACAACUACUAUUAAGAUGCGAAGUGUAGAUAUCGACAUAGACAAUAGAUGGAUCGUGCCAUACUCGCCACUACUUUCAAAAAUGUUUAAUGCUCACAUCAAUGUUGAGUAUUGUAAUUCGACCAAAACACCUACAUGCAACAUCAGCAAAAACUCUGAUAUGGCCAUAGUCAUUAAAACGUGCAAAAUUAUAAUUUGGGACGAAUGCACCAUGGCACAUAAGAAAUCGCUCGAAGCACUUGACCGAACUCUGCGAGAUUUUCGUGGAAAAGACCAACCGAUGGGAGGCGCUCUUAUACUUCUUGCAGGUGAUUUUCGUCAAACAUUACCACGAUCAACGCCUGCAGACGAGCUGAACGCGUGCUUAAAAGCAUCGCAUCUGUGGAACUAUGUCGAAAAAAUUACGCUCACAACAAAUAUGCGAGUGCAUUUGCUGCAAGAUACGUCUGCCCAAAUAUUUUCAAAGCAACGUUUAGAUAUCGGAAACGGUAAAAUUCAUAUUGAUCGCACAACAAAUGAGAUAUCAUUUCCGUCCAACUUUUGUCAAAUGCAGCAGAGCAUUAAAGACGUCAUCGACAGAGUAUUUCCGAACUUAACGAUCAACUACCGAAAUCCGGAAUGGCUCCGCGAACGUGCAAUUUUAGCUCCGAAGAACGAUGAUGUUAGUAAAUUAAACGGUCAAAUUCAAUUCAAAAUUCCAGGAGAAGCAGUCGAAUAUAAAUCGAUUGAUACAGUAAUGGACAAAGAUCAAGCUGUUAAUUACCCAACUGAAUUUCUUAAUUCUUUGGAGCCACCUGGAAUGCCUCCUCAUUCGUUGGCGUUAAAAGUUGGAUCACCAGUGAUGCUUAUUCGGAACUUGAACGCGCCGAAACUGUGCAACGGAACCAGAGUGAUAAUAAAAAAAUUAACACCGAAUUUGAUCGAGGCAACAAUCAUCAGCGGUAAAUUCAAAGGCGAAGAUGUGCUGAUUCCACGUAUACCGAUGAAUUCCAACGAUUUACCGUUCGAAUUCAAGCGGCUUCAAUUCCCUUUGCGUCUUGCCUUUGCUAUAACUAUAAAUAAAGCUCAAGGGCAAUCAUUAACUAUUGCGG